UAUCCCGACGUCAUAGGCGGUAUCUAGAAUGCUGAAUGCAUGAUGUUUCACCGUUGACAAAUUACUACAUUCUUUCUUUUUAUAUGGUUUUGCACUUAUUUUCACGGUAAUGUAUAGCUAUGGUUGUUCUGCUCAGUCUUCGCUGUCCUGGCAACAAAAUGUACAGAACGAUUGAGGCUUUUCAUUGCUCAUAAAACUGGAGAUAUUAUGUGGUUUGACAAGAAAUACCAUCACUGAGACGCUUGUGGAUCAUUCCUUGUAGGGAGUCAUUGCAAGUGUGUUUCAAGUAUUGAUUAUUCCCCACAAGACUCUCAGCAAGUGGAGUGACACAAGUAGCAACGCAAUGGAUAGCAUUUGGCAGCGGGUGAGAAACAUGUAUCGUACAAAUGAAAGUGCCAGAUCUUCGCCAAGAAUGGCAGAUGUCGCAAUGGAAGUGUUACAAAAUCUUGGGGAAGAGGCAAAGGACGUUGUGUAUUAUGAAGCCCUCAAUCGUGUUCAUGGGGAGAAGAACACAGGUCAAGGUGAAAGGGAACCCAACAAAUGGUCAGCCGUUAGACGUCGCGUAACGACAUCAAUAAGGUCAAACUCUGUGUUUGGUAUAAAUGGAACGCAAGAGCAAGACACGCGAGAUACGACUUACUUUCCAAACAGUAAUUCCUUCGUUGGAAAUAUUCUGUCUGAGAUUACGAGAUUAUAUUCAAGAUUACGCCUGGUGGUUGUGGAUCCUGAAAGUGAUCUUUACUAUUUCUGGAUGGGCACAGCUGCGCUGGCUGUUUUGUACAACUUCUGGGUGAUAAUUCUUCGGGUGACAUUUCCUGAAAUGCGUGACCAGACGGCCAUUAUUGCUUGGAUGUUUGUGUUUUUUGAUCUUCUUGCUGACGCGGUGUAUAUUCUUGACAUUGCUGUACAAUUCCACACUGCUUACCUUGAAGAUGGAAUUAUUGUAAGGGAACAAGCUAAACUCUGGACUAAUUACAGACAGAAGCCGUAUUUUUUGUCCGAUGUUAUCGCCAUUCUUCCGCUCAGUUUUAUCUUUGGCUUUCUACAAAAUUCUCUAAUAAUUCAAGUUUUGCGAAUUCCUCGACUGUGCAAAUGGCACACAAUCUCAGAUAUGUUUGAAAUGAGCGACUCUCGCACCAGCAGACCGUACGGAGUGCGGGCUCUGAAGCUGACAAUAUACCUGGCAAUCAUAAUUCAUUGGUUUGCUUGCUUCUAUUUCAUGAUUUGUGAGUACGAGGGUUUUGGGAGUACUGCUUGGACCUACCCAGAACUCAAAGGAAACGAUGAUCGCUUUGCAAGGAAAUAUAUCAAGUCUUUAUUCUGGGCGGCGCUCACGUUAACUACGAUUGGAGAAAAUGAGAGCCCUGAAACGACACUGGAAUACGUGUUCACAGGCUGUACUUUCCUUAUUGGUGUUUUACUAUUCGCGACAAUUGUUGGUAAUAUGGGUGAUGUCAUCAGCAGCAUGAACGCCACACGUGCUGAAUUUCAAGAAAGAAUGGACGGUAUUAAAAGUUACAUGGAACAUCAUGAAAUCCCAGUGCAGUUACAAGACAGAGUAAAACGUUGGUCGCAGUACUCAUGGUCGAGGACGAAAGCUCUCGAAGAGGAAACAACACUGGGGUUUCUACCUCACAGACUGCGAACAGAAAUCGCCAUCCAUGUCCAUUUGGAAACAUUAAAAAAAGUAAAGAUAUUCAAAGAUUGCGAACAAGGAUUCCUUUGUGAACUUGUGUUGAAACUCCGUUCUCAAAUAUUUUCACCUGAGGACUACAUUUGUCGUAUUGGGGAGAUAGGGAGAGAAAUGUACAUCAUUAACAAUGGAAAAGUUGAGAUUGUGGUUCGUGACUCUUCCAGUGGCGAUCCAAUAGUUGUAGCCUCUCUUUCAGAUGGCAACUACUUUGGUGAAAUAAGUUUAUUGAGACUGGAUGGUGGAACGAACAGGAGGACAGCUGAUGUUCGUUCUGUUGGUUACUCAGAGUUGCUUUGUUUGUCAAAGAAAGAUUUAAUGGAAGCACUGAAAGAAUACCCAGAAGCUCAGGAAAUACUGGAGGCUCAAGGAAGAGACAGAUUACAGAGAACAAAGACAGAAAAAAAUGCAAUCAUGAGAAUGCGGGAGAGCAACAAGAAAACUGAAGGCGAGGACAUCCACAGCAUUGGAGACGGUGUACGAGAGUUAAAACGUUUGGUAGAGCAGUUGAAAUGCUUUGACAAACUGGAGGUGAAACUUGAGUCAAAACAACUUCAAAAUCAGUGUGAUGCCCUCAGUUUACAAGUCAAGGAACAAGAGAUGGAAUUAAAGAGAUCACGGAAACGAUCCUACAACUUGGAAAGAAUGUUGUUGUGCAGAAAGAAUGGAUUUUACAACUCAACAGGACGUUUUGAAGAACAAGCCACGAGCAGCGGAGAAAAGCUUCUUGAUCUCAGUGACCAUCCAACAACCAAUCACAAGGGAGAUGAACCAUGUGGUUCUAUCGAAGGAACCAAUCACGUUAGAGAUGAGUUUCAUGGCGAUAUGGGGAGACCCAAUCACGUAUCAGAGAGCCCACAUGAUCAGAGAAGAUUGACAAAAAACGUUUCUUUCCUCACAAGAACCAGUCAAACAACAGACGUAUCAGAACGUACGAGAACAAAUCACAUGAUCGCCGAUGACUCGUAUCAAACAGAGAAGCCUUAUGAAAGAACCAGCGAGGUCUCAAACAAUACACGCAAGCGCGAAAUAACUUACAAGGAACGAAACAUGACAAACUCAAGGGACACAGCUUGUAAUCACACUACAGCUCAAACUAACGAGGACAUAAACACAUCAUCUUCUAGAACAAACGAGACAGACUUGGGUUUAAAGGUGUUUUGUAACCAAGCAGGCUCACAUAAGGAUACUCAAACUCAGAGAGUAUUUGAAUGGAAGAAAGAGGCAAAACAUAACUCAGUUUGUCAUGUUAAUCCUUCUCAGCGAAGAAGCUCAGUUUGAAAAGAAUCACAGCCAUUGUGUUUUUGCUAUAUAUAACGUGAACCAUUAAGCCUCGUUUUUUUAUAUUAAAGAUGGUAUAUAUUUUGUACAAGAUAUCUUAAAUGUAACUCUAUAGGUUUACGAGGUGUAACACUAUCAACCUUGUGUUUCACCCAUUUUCCUGAAAGUUUGAAAACAAAGCUUUGUUGCUAAGAAACAUUCACUAUUUAAGAUUCGAUGCAAAGUUUUUAGUGAAAUGUUGUAACUGUAUAAAGCCUAGAAAGCCAUAAACACUCGUCUAACAAAGGCGACUGUUUACUGUAAUUUUUUAUUUCAAAAUUCUAAUCAUAUUACUAGAAACAUAAGUGCGAAAUUUCACACAUACAUUGAGCAGUAAGAUCAUCAAUCAUAUGGUGACUUCCACAAGAGGUAAAAAAUUUCGAUUAAAAAAUUAGCAUUGAAUUCAGUGAGAUAAUGUUGCUUAGUUUUUCCUUCCCACCGACGAUAAUUUGAUGACGUUUUCCAACUUUUAAUGCGAUUUUGUUUGUUCAGCUUAAGUCAUUAAUUGGUCCUUGUUUCUGGUGGCUCCAAGCUUAUCGAGAAAUCUACAAAACCUCAUGACAUUUUGCAAGAGAUAAGUUUCAAGAACUUGUAACUAGAUUUGAAAACCGACAGGACUCCUAUUUUGGUGGUUAAAUAAAUGUAUGUGGAUGAAAAUCUUAGAUAAGCUUCAAUACCGCAAAAGAUUGUCCAAAUAAAGUAAAAACAUAAUGUGGUUGUGGGGUCAUGGAAUCCUUGAAAAUGUGCACGAUGACACUCAUAAAUAGAUAUUUCAUUCUUUCAUGCGAUAUAAUGACAUUCUAUUAUUCAAUCAUCCAUUUGUCAUUCUUAUUAUUAACAAAAUGGGUCAAGUUUGACAAUGCAUUGGAUUGAAUCUAAAUGAAUUUGAAGUAUGCGAGCAUCGACUCUCACAAAACACAAAAUAACUUUGA